CGAGCCGAGCCGAGCCGGGCUCUCCCGCCGCCCGGCCGGCUGUUGACAAGCGGCCGCGGGAGAUAGCGCGCUCGUCCCCAUGUGGCGGACGCUGGCCCUCGCCUCCGCCUUCUUCCCGGGGCUCUUCAUCCUCUGCAUCCGGUUGCUGCGCUGGGCCGCCCCGGGAUGGAGCCUCAAGGACCGCAUCCUCCUCAGCGGCAGGCUGGUGUCAACGGUCCAAGCCACGAUGGCCACGGUGUCGGGGAUCACGGUUGUCCUCAGCUGCAAGAACGUGGUGUAUGACAGGCACUGGCUGGCCGUGGAGUACAUCUGGGUCCUGGUCCCCUACAUGACCUAUGACAUCUACGUCAUGUACCUCUGCCACUGGCACAAGAGCCAGGAGAAGGGCAUCCUGGAGAAGAAGCACUCGCUGGCCAGCGUGUGGAGCUUCCUCCUGCAGGAGCGGCUGAUGGUGACCCACCACCUCUUCAUCCUCAUCGUGCUCACCCCCAUCACCCAGCACUUCAGGGGAGAGCUGGGGGACUUCUUCGUGGGCUGCAUCUUCAUAGCAGAGCUGAGCACGCCUUUUGUAUCACUGGGCAAAAUCCUCAUGCAGCUCAAAAUGCAGGACACGCUCCUGCACAAAGUGAACGGGAUCCUCAUCCUGGUGACCUUCUUCCUGUGCCGCAUCCUCCUCUUCCCCUUCAUGUACGCGGCCUACGGCCGCCAGGUGGGGAUCCCGGCGUACCUGGUGCCGUUCCGCAUCCCCCUGCACUGCAACAUCGCCAACGCCUCCCUCAUCGCCCCCCAGCUCUACUGGUUCCGGCUCAUCUGCCGCAAGGCCGCCCGGCUCUACGGCGGCUCUCCCGCCCACCGGAGCAGAUAAGGGAGCUGAGAACGGAGCUGGCACAGGGGUAGCCCCCGGCCCUUCCCUCGGGGAGCAGCGGGGCUGCCGGAGCUGGAAGCAGCCUCCCGCCCGCAGCGCCGUGCCAGGCAGCACCAGCCUGGCUUAGGAAAGGUUUCCUCCCGCGCCGCUCCAGGGCUUCGCGUCCUCCCGCCGGGGUGGGAGCCGGCCUGGAAGCACGACGUUCCUUCUGGGAUUCGGCUCCGAGGGUUACACGAGAGGGGUUUGUUCCAGCCGCUCCCCCCGGCGCGUCUCCCCAGGGUGACACCGGACACCGGCGUGGAGGAGCCCGCGGCCGGCGCGGGGAUGCCGGAGCGGGCCGGCCCCGGCAGCGGCGAUGGGGAGCCUGUGCCGGACCUGCCGCAGCCCCAGCCUGGCCUGGAGCUGCAGCGCAGCUCUGCAGAGCCGUUCCCGACCUUUACCGACUUCAGCUCUACACUACAGCCCUGUUCGGCCUCUGACCUCCCACGUGCACCUCACCUCCUGCUGCUGGGCUCAAGCUCCACUUCACCCGACGGUGCCUUUCACUACAACUGUCUGACGGUCCUGGGACAUUCCUGUGCUCCCAGCAGGGCUGGAGGGCAGAAGCUCAUGGCACAACAGGGGAACAGUUCCGCUGUCUCAGGGCAGGAUGGGGACAGGAACCUGCCCCGUCCUUGUCUCACCAACACGCAGGGCACCGUGCAGAGCCCUUCCUUGGCAGGGGGUGCAAUUUUCCCCUCUCCUAACCACAGCUGCUUUUAUCUGGCCUGCAUCCCUUCAGCAGGUAUUUAAAACCACCUGGCACGCCCUGCUCUGCUCUGCCCUCCAGCUGGCACCACCACGCCCUGGAAACACCUGUACAGUUGAUCCCUGCAGCCCCAUGCCAGCCCCCGUGAGGCUGCCAGGGACAGAACUGGGGCUGCACAGCAGGAACCAGCGACCCCAGAGCAGGAUGCUGACCCGGUCCUUCACCAGUCCGGCCCAUUUCCUCUUUUAGUCCCAGCAGAAUGGGUACAGGCUCCCCAGCUCACCCUGCACCACAGGGCUCGGGAGCUCUGCGGGUGUGUGCAAUCAGACCACAGCUGAGUUCAUUCCCUGCAGCCAGCACCAGGCAGGGCAGCCACCCCCUCCUGCAGCCUCCCGUGCCUGCUCCGGGGCAGGAACUGCCCUGGCACAGCCCUGGCACAGCCCCCAUGCCCAGAGACCUGUGACCACUCUGUGCCUUUCAUUCUGUCUGAAACCAGCAGCCAAGCUCCGGGAAACCUGGAUCUUUUGGGUGUUGGAUCCCAUCCCAACCACGGCUGCUGUUCUGGAUAGAGUGUAAAAAAACAAAAAGGGCCUCGUCUGACCUGGGGUUGUUGUUGCAGCGACUCCACAGUCACAGUAACCACCGAGACCAGCUGAUGUUACAAACCGCUUGCAACUCCUUACAGAUGUUCUAUCUCACUGUUUUCAUGGCGAAUAGCGUGCCUUAUGUAAGGACAAAAAAAACCCCAGCCAAUGAGGCACCUCAGUUUGCACUAACACUGCCCUAUUUACUAUCAGGAGACCAAUAAAGAUUUCCUCUCUGAGUCACACCA